AAUCUGGUGCUGGCUGAAAACAGUCCUGGGAAAGACAGCACUGAAUAUAUCCUUGUGUUUGAGCCUGAUCUGCCAGCGUUGCAGAAGCCCCUGGAACCAUACUGCCUGUCCUUCAUGUUCUACAACGAUUUCAAGAAGCAGCAACAGAUGGCAACACUGACAAAGGAGAGAGACCAGUUAUCCCAGUCCAUAGGUGUCUACAGGAAUUGGUUUGAUGCUCAUAAUCAGCUUGUGACUGAACUGAAAUGUCAAGUUAAAGAAGCUGAAACCAGAGAAACUCACCUGAAGAAUGAACUGAAGAAGCACCAGAUUGAGUUACCACAGACAAACGUCCUGCAGUAUGUAGAUUCUCUUAUAAAGCAGAAGAUGCUGGACCAAGAAGGAGUCAUGAAAAAGCCCAGGAGAACUUGUACCCUCCCGAACUACCCCAAGGGCAACCCGGACGUGCUGGGCAAGAUUGCACACCUAGCCCAGAUCGAGGACAACGAGGCUGCCAAGGUGAUCUCCUGGCACCUGGCCAGUGACAUGGACUGCGUGGUGACCCUCAGCACCGGCGCCGCCCGCGCCAUCUUCGACGAGACGCAGGGCCGGCAGCAGGUGCUGCCCCUCGACUCCAUCUACAAGAAGACUCUCCCCGACUGGAACAGGCCUUUACCUCACUUAAGAAAUGGAAAAAUCUUCUUCAGGCCCAUAGGAAACCCUGUGUUUGCCAGAGACCUGUUAACCUUCCCAGACAACGUAGAGCACUGUCAAACAGUGUUUGGGAUGCUGCUGGGUGACACUAUCAUCAUUGAUAACCUGGAUGCAGCCAACCAUUACAGAAAAGAGGUUGUGAAGAUCACCCACUGCCCUACCUUGCUCACCAGGGAAGGGGACAGGAUCCGCAGCAACGGGAAGUUUGGCGGCCUUCAGAACAAGGCACCUCCAAUGGACAAACUCAGAGGAAUGGUGUUUGGAGCACCCGUCCCAAAACUUUACUCUACUUUCUCUGGACAGAUAGAGCUCCUGCAGCAGUACCGCGCCGCAGCCGUGAAGCUCAGCGCCGUCAACAAGGACCUCGACGUGCACCUGCAGUCACUUCACACUCCAGAAGCACAAAAGAAGAAACAGGAGCUCGCUGAACAAGAGAAGAGCCUCAAGCUAAUAGAACAAAAAUUGG